AUGUGGUUUUGUUUUCGAGCUCAUACCUGGUUGAGCGUUCAGAGACGCGCUCAUGGUAGUAGAAGAAAAGUCUUCCCUAGGCAGACCAAUCGAAUUAACUGUAGAAUAGCAUAUGCUGACCACUGGCGCACCCGGAUCGGUACACGUGGACCAGCAUCUGGAAACUGGAGAGAUCAUUGUCAUCCGCAAGCCGACUUGGGUAAUACCAACCGUCGCAGUGUUAUCAAUCAUACACCCAAGCAGCGCCCAUCUUCAGGCAAUAGGUCUGCGAAGAAGUCUGUCGCUGAAGCUGUACCUGAAAGAGAGCACAGUGAAGCCAAGGUGCAAAAGCCCAGGAAAUCGAGCCAGGAGGUCAGGGGUGACAAGGAUGCAGAUAUAGUAGUGGUCAAUGCGAGCGUAUUAGUACACGCCCUCCACCAGGUGAAGAAAUGGUGCAGAGAUGGACGUGAUGAAAUCGUUAUUGUACCCCUUGAAGAAGGGAACGAAUCCUCUCACCCAACGCGCGCGGUCAGCUUCACGAAUUUUAGAGGCUUUAUUGGCACAGAUGCUUGUAUCCAUGUCCAGUGGGAUGAUGCCUUCGUUCUGUGGGACCGCAUCGAGUUCAAGGACAUGUCAGCUGAUGAUGCUAAGGACAAAGCUAUGUUACAGUCACUGCACCUCUCUGGUUCUCCAGAGUGGGUUCGGCACAUGAUGAUUAUGUCGCUGAAACUCGUGCUUCAACGAGUGACAAACUCAUAGUCGUUUUUGCUAUCCUUUCCCCUUUUGUUGUUCCAGCUCAGGUCUGUCGAACCAAGGCAAUCC